UUUGGUUUCGGUUUUGUUUUUUCACUUUCCCUUUGAAAACGUUUGAAAACGCAGCUAGGGCAUAUGCACAUCUUACCAUCCCGGCCACCAUUUUCACCGACAUUCGUCUCCCAUUCGCCGGCAUCGUCCUCGUCCAUUGUUGUGUCGGCAAGAGUCGUUCGAUUAAGAGUAACUCUUUUUUCCAUGCAGGAUCCAAGGUUCCAACCGAAUUUAUCUAGCACGUAUCAACCUAUAAAGUGCAGUAUCAAUUGUAACUGUGACAAUGAAGGGGUUCAAUGCACUUAUGAGCGCCGCUAUGCUGAGAUGAGCUCCAGUAGUGGCGUCCUUGGUGAGGACAUCGUUUCUUUUGGCAAUGAAAGUGAACUUGUACCCCAGCGUGCAGUUUUCGGUUGUGAAACUUUGGAAACUGGUGAUCUAUAUAGCCAACGUGCCGAUGGAAUAAUGGGUUUGGGGCGUGGUAGGCUUAGUGUGAUGGAUCAGCUUGUUGACAAGAGGGUUAUUGAUGAUUCAUUUUCAUUAUGUUAUGGUGGGAUGGGCGUCGGUGGGGGUGCUAUGGUUCUUGGUGCUAUCCCUUCUCCCCCUGGUAUGGUAUUUACCCAUUCAGACCCAUUUCGCAGUCCGUAUUACAACAUUGAGCUGAAGGAAAUACAUGUGGCGGGGAAGCCAUUAAAAUUAAGCCCAAAAGUUUUUGAUCAAAGACAUGGAACUGUCUUGGAUAGUGGAACUACAUAUGCUUAUCUUCCUGAGGAAGCUUUUCUCGCAUUUAAGGAUGUUUUAAUAAAGAAAAUUCAUUUCCUCAAACGAGUUCAUGGUCCUGACCCAAGUUAUAACGAUAUUUGUUUUUCUGGUGCUGGAAGGGAUGUCACUCAACUAUCAAAAAUAUUUCCAGAAGUUGAUAUGGUUUUCAACAAUGGGCAAAAAUGGUCGUUGUCUCCUGAAAACUACUUGUUUCGGUAUACAAAGGUUAGUGGUGCAUAUUGCUUGGGAAUUUUUAAAAAUGCGGAUUCAACUACGCUUUUGGGAGGAAUUCUUGUCCGUAAUACCCUUGUAACUUAUGAUCGAGAGAAUGAUAAGAUUGGCUUUUGGAAAACUAAUUGUUCUGAACUUGGAAAGAGAUUGAAUUAUGUUAGUGCUCCUCCCCCAUCUCGGUUACCUUCUGAUAGCCAGAAUAGAAGUACAGAAAUUCUGCCUCCUGUAGUUCCAGUUGACUUGUCUCAGAAUGUUUUUCCAGGUUAUGGUGGGAGCAACACAUUUGGGCUGUGAGUGCUGGAGCUAUGGUUGCUUUGAUUUUUGUAGUAUUGACGUUGGGGAUGUGGUUAUUAUGGAACAAUAGACGGCAAGAGAUCGGUGCCUACGAGCCUGUUGGUGCGGUUGUUCCCGAGCAAGAGCUUCAGCCACUCUAAAAGCUGAUUUGUAUAGUGGGAUUUUUUAUUGGGUCGAUACUCGAUAUAUGAAGAGAAAGUUCUUUUCGUGUAAACUUCCAUAGUAGAUGUAUUGUAAUUUUUAUA